AUUACACUAUAGGACAUUAUCCCAACGAUUGGGGCUCCUGCAAAACUCACGCCAGCUGAGACGUCGCUGACGAGCCAUGACACCAUGGUGUAUUACCCUACGGACACUUUUCCAUCGGCUUACACUCCGAGUCAUUGCCGCGUGACACCUUGUACUACUGCUUCUGCUGCUGCUGCUGCUGCUAAUCAUUCUACGACCGUCGUUACUACUUCUUCCAAUACUGUAGCCGGAUCGGGUGACACUGAGUGCCGAUGCCGAUGGUCGAAAUGCGGAGUCAGGACGGCCACCUUGGAUCAACUGAUCUUGCAUAUCCGGGACGACCAUGUGGGUAGUGGCAAGCCUGCUUACUUUUGCUUUUGGGCUGGAUGUCCACGAAGUAAAAAGCCAUUCACAAAGCGUCACAAGAUGCAUAAUCACAUGCGAACACACACAGGCGAACGGCCUUUCCAGUGUACCGUGCAAGGCUGCACCAAACGCUUCUCGCGUCCUGAUUCGCUCAGUACACAUAUCAAGACGCACUCCAAUAUCCGACCUUAUCACUGCAGCGUCCCUGGUUGUGGCAAGGCUUAUUUCCAUUCUCGGUCGUUACGAAAACAUACACGAUCGCAUGAAGAACACCAACAGCAGCAGCAAAGACAGCAGCAGCAGCAACAAGGCCAGCAACAGCAGGUACAUCAGCAACAGCAGCAAGUACAAAGACAUAGCAACAAUAGCAUUACCUCAUACCCAUCCGGUCCUGACCCGCGAUUCUUCCCCGUGAUGGACCCUUCAUCCUACUACAUGUAAAUUUUUCUAUUCUUUCUUCUUCUUCUUGUAUAUGUAUAUCAUCUUUCAUCAUCAUCAUCAUCAUCAUCUUUUAUCAUCUUCCAUCCUCAUCAAUUCCGCACACACGCACACACAUACACUUCCAUCAUCUUUUUUUUUCCAUCCAUUAAAUAACUCUAU